AUGCCAAGAGAAUGUAUCACUAAUGGCAGAGAAAAGGCUAUUGAAAAUAGGAGAACACAAGAUUUAGAACCAACAACCAGUACUGGGAAACAUCAUGUACGACAAAGAUCUGAUCUAACUUCAGUGGAUAAACCAUCUUCUUCGUUUUUUCGGAAGGACCCAACCAUCAACAGAUUACAGUGGUCCCAAAAAACACUCCCUCAAGAGUCUCCUGGGAAGAGACAGAGAAUAAUAGAAGAAGACGAAGAAGAAGAAGAGGAAGAAGAUCUAGCUUACAGAGAGAAACGGAACAGGAAACGAAUAUAG